CAAAAUGAUAUCAAUGAAAACUUUUAUAUUAAUUAGCAUAUUCUUAGUGGGUUUGGCUUGUAUUUAUGCACAAAUAGCUCCAGGAUCAAACGCUUAUCUGCCGCCUAAAGAAAAUGGUUACAAUUAUCCAGGACCAAAGACACCAUUCAAACCGGGACGUCCCAGUCCUGGACCAUCACCACCCGGACCCAGACCACCUGGACCACGGCCACCGCCACGAGGUGAACCAGGACCAGGUCAUGUACACAUGCCAGGCAUGCCAUUCGAUUUUGAAUAUGCCGUCAACGAUAUCGAAACGGCCAACGAUUAUGCCCAUAAAGCGGCCAGCAAUGGCGACGAAGUGAAAGGUGAAUAUCGCGUGCAAUUGCCUGACGGACGUACUCAGGUUGUACGUUAUACCGCAGACUGGAAAACAGGCUAUCAUGCGGAUGUUAGCUACGAGGGUGAACCCAGAUUUCCGCAAGGUCCAGGCGGACGGCCGGGUUAUAAAUAUUAAUUUAAUUUUUACUUGAAACGAAAUGAAAUUACUGCCAACUACUGAUAAUCAGCGAAUAAAAUAUUUAAAAAAUCCCUUCUCCGUAAUAUCUUACAAAAGAUUUGUUAAUUUUAUUUAAAAAUAAAAUAAAUUAAAUAAAAAAACAACAACAA